AUGAGGCUCUAUAUUGUACUACUGCUCAUUUCCUUCAUAUCGACGUCGUUUGGUCAAGUUAUUAUUGCUAAAAACACAAAAGUCACACCACGAUGUGGCUCACAACUCAUCUCGAUAGAAGUCAAUUUUGAUCCCUCUCAACUCCCCGGAGGAAAAUUCACAGAUUGGAUCAUUGUUGGUGUAUCAGGACGACCGGAAUGCCGUCUCCGUGGUAAUGGCGAAACAAAGUAUAUCAUUGAGAUAGCUGUGUUUAACGAUCCAUGUUUGACACAAAUUCCAGCCAGAAAUGUGUUCCAAAAUAGAAUAAGAAUUGGGAAAAACCCAGUGGUAAUAUUGGAAGAGGACCAGUCAGUCACUGUUAAGUGUGUGUAUGGCUUACCAACUGUUGAAACAAUGACUCUACCAAUUAUCAACUCUAAUUUUAAUAUUGAUAACUUUGCACACCCGGAGGCUGAAAUUCGUUCUUUCUCCAACAAUUCAGAUCAAUCAGCAAGUAUCUCUCAGUCUCGACCAAAUUUCAACGUCGAUGAAUCUGUAAAGGAAUCAGUACACCCAGCACCAUUCGAAAAUAGUGAAUCCCUGGACGCUCGUCAACGAGAAACUAAAGUCACCGAUUUUUCUCCAAAUUCUGGUAUUCCUCAACUUCUCCCUACACAGGGGUUCAAUUCUGAGCAGUUCGCAACAACCGCUAUACGAAAUAACCAAGUGCCAACUGGGGAUUGGAUGAGUCAGAACACAAGAGCACCAAGUAUUAUAGAAUCUGGAAAUAAUGAUAAUAAUCGAGCAAUUAUUGAUAAUGGAUUUGGAAAUGCGGCAGGGAUGAGUGAUAAUUUGAAUAACUUUGGACUAACAUCAAGUGAAAACACCAAGAAGCGAUCCUUCUCAAUGAUUUUUAUCAUUGCAGUUAUUCUGAUAGUUAUUGUGUUCUUGGCCUUACUAGGGUUGUGUCUGAUGUGUCUCCGACGGAAACUUGCCAUCAGGAAUAGAAGACUGUUAGUGGACAGAGUUUCGGAUAGGACAUGGCCUGCGACCUCAAAUGAUGAAUAUGGAAGCACUUCACCACCUCCAGUUCUUGGAAAACCGAAACAAUCUGAAAAUCGAUUGGAGUCCCAGAACACUUCUAUUGGAAGAAGUUUAUUCAGACCACAAAGAACUUUUGGUGAGCUUCCAACGGUUGUAAAAUCUAAUAGCUCCAACGAAGCACCUGGCAGAAGACGACCGAGUGUGAAGCUAUCUAAGAAAAAAUCGCCUGCUCCAAAUGUUAACUUACCUUUAAAGUCAAAUCUAGAAGAAUUUGUGUCAAAAACGUAUGCCCUUGGAGAAUACAAUAAUCUCGCAAGUCCAGCAUACGCCUAUACAUCUGAAAUUCACGAUGAAAGGGAAGUGGAUGUUGGAAGUGAAUCAAGAUACGAGAGGCCAUAUGAAAAACGUAACAUCAGUAAACCAAGGGCACCGAGACCGGAUGAAAGAGCUGUGUCAUCGUUCAGAUCCAUCACGGAAAUAGUUCAUGCUGCGGAAACAGCUACCACAUCUAAAGAAUCAAGAGACAAUGGUGACUCCAGUGACAUGCAGAACAUCCUAAUGGAUUGUGUACUACCAAUAAGAGGAUUUGGGUACCGAAAACUGACAGAGCAAGAAAUAAUACGAUGGAAAAAUCUAAUACAACAAGAUGGUCGCAUUCGUGAUCUACUGCUCUCUUCUAAAAGUUCAGCAGAAAUAGAAAACAUAUUCGAGCAUGAAGAAUACAAGAACAUGUUCACUUCUUCAAAGUGGCAUGAGAUUGCAAUAUGUGUACAUCGAGCAUUGACUAACUCCUUAGACCGCACAAAUUCACGAUCGGAACUCCAGCUAUAUGUGGGAAAUGUGCAAACCGAUUGGUGA